UCCAUUGGUCUAUCUCGCAGCCAGUGCAUGCAGUUGUUCGAUAAGGCGAUGGGGGUCAAGGUGUGGGAGGCGUGCAACAUGGCGUUCGACCACAUGCCGCUGGCGGCCGUCAUCGAUCGGCGCAUCUACUGCUGUCACGGUGGGAUCUUCCCGCCGACCCUUGCCGGCGGCGGUCUUCUCUCGGCGAUCAAUAGCAUUCCCUGCCCCCUCUCCGAGCCGGAGACCCAGUCACCCCUCGCCUGGGAGAUUCUCUGGAAUGACCCGCUCAGCAAGGAUGGGAGUUAUGGCAAGAACAUGAUGGCACUGACAGACAAGAAUGGCUUUGCUCCGAACACCAAACGAGGCACAGCACAUGUAUUUGAUGAGGCAGCCCUCGAACAGUUCCUCAGUCGGAACAACCUUUCCCAUGUGAUCCGGGCGCAUGAGGUGCAGCAGGCUGGGUUCCAGAUCCAACAGAAAGGCCGGAUCCUGACCGUGUUCAGCUCCUCUGCCUACUGCGGAGGCACAAACGAAGCCGCCUGCAUCCUCUGCGAGAGCUACAAGCUGCGAGUGAUCCGACUCGAC